UGUGGAAGGCGGUGGUGUUACAUUUAGCAGUGAGAAGUCAGGAAUGUAAAGAAAGGCUUACUACAGUAGUCAAUUUCCCGCAGCUGGAAUAGUAUCAAAGCAAAGAUAGACGGAAACCUGGAAGAAGCGGCUACACCCAAGAUAUCUGCCCAAAAUGAAGUUCACAUAAAUCCGUCAAAAUGUGAGAUGACCGAAGAAAAGAAUCAGAAAGAGACCAGCCGCAUCAUGCUGGUCAAAAAAAUACUGAUGAAAGAUGGGAACGGAGGUGUGGGCAGUGCCAGUGUGACCCAUGCGGUGGUGGUCAUUUUCUUGGAAUUUUUUGCCUGGGGCUUGCUCACAACUCCAAUGCUGACUGUUCUACAUGAAACAUUUCCACAACAUACAUUCCUAAUGAAUGGCCUCAUCCAAGGAGUAAAGGGGUUGUUGUCCUUCAUGAGUGCCCCUCUGAUUGGUGCCCUGUCAGAUGUGUGGGGAAGGAGGUCCUUUCUGCUGGUUACUGUGUUCUUCACUUGCGCCCCAAUCCCUCUGAUGAGACUAAGUCCAUGGUGGUACUUUGCGUUGAUUUCUGUUUCUGGAAUCUUCUCCGUCACAUUCUCUGUAAUAUUUGCAUACGUUGCUGAUGUCACUGAGGAACAUGAAAGAAGCACAGCUUAUGGAUUGGUUUCUGCAACAUUUGCAGCAAGCUUGGUUACCAGUCCAGCCAUUGGGGCCUACCUUUCUGCCAGCUAUGGAGAUAGCCUGGUCGUGCUGGUGGCCACAAUCAUCUCCUUGGUGGACAUCUGCUUUGUCCUCCUGUUUGUGCCAGAAUCUCUGCCGGAAAAGAUGAGGCUCACAUCAUGGGGAGCGCCCAUUUCAUGGAAACAAGCAGACCCCUUUGCUUCCCUGAGGAAAGUGGGGAAGGACUCCACAGUACUGCUCAUAUGCAUCACAGUGUUCCUGUCCUACUUGCCAGAGGCCGGCCAGUAUUCCAGCUUCUUCCUCUACCUAAGACAGGUCAUUAACUUUUCAUCCGCAACAAUUGCAGCAUUUAUAGCCAUGGUGGGGAUUCUGUCUAUCAUUGCCCAGACGGUGUUCCUGAGCGUUCUAAUGAGAUCGAUUGGGAAUAAGAAUACGGUGCUGCUCGGGCUCGGCUUUCAGAUGCUCCAGCUGGCCUGGUAUGGGUUUGGAUCAGAGCCAUGGAUGAUAUGGGCGGCAGGUGCAGUCGCCGCAAUGUCCAGUAUCACCUUCCCAGCAGUGAGCACCCUGGUGUCCCACAGUGCAGAUCCCGGCCAGCAGGGAGUAGUGCAGGGCAUGAUAACCGGGAUCCGAGGCCUCUGCAACGGGCUGGGGCCCGCCCUCUACGGGUUCAUCUUCUUCCUCUUCAACGUGGAGCUGAACGACAUAGGCCCUGUCCAGAGCGACGAGACCACGCCCCCACAGGACCCUGCCGACAAGAGAUUAGUGGUCCCGGGGCCACCCUUUCUGUUCGGAGCCUGCGCAGUGCUGCUGGCUCUAAUAGUGGCCUUGUUCAUUCCGGAGCACCACAGCCUGGCUGUAAAGACAUGCAACGCCCGGAAACCAAGCGGCAGCGCAAGCAGCCCCCAGACCGUCGCCCCCGCCCCAGGCAGCGAUGAGGACAUCGAGCCUCUCCUGCAGGACAGCACCGUGUGAUGGGUGCGGCCUCCCAGUGCCCGUGUGCCCGUGUCCCAGGGACCAUUUGGAAAGGGGGAAUCGUGAUGUCACAACCACAGAGCUCCUCCCCUUUCCCUAAUUAACAGCAAAAUUAUUCAAGGAGACUGCAGUUUUUUUUGCUAACUUUUUGGUUUUAUAAUAAUUAUUGAGAUUGUUAUUCCAGUGUUUUUAUGGCAUGGACCAUGUCGUUUGGAAAUAGGGAGCAAGUACUCAUGUGUGCUGGGCUUAUUUUUUUAUUGAGACCUUGCAAAGGAAAAAUGUUAAAAUCAUCUGUGAAGAUUUCAUGUUGUAUUUCCUGCUUAAGGAGGAUAUGGGCCUAUACUGGUUUUGUGAAAUUGUAAGAGGAUUUCAUUGGUUCUGGUGGCUGUUGCACAUGUCUUUAAUAUCUUUCCUUUUUGGUAAGACUGAGUUAGAUUGUUACUGUAUCAGUUUUAAAAAGGCAAGGGCAGUUACCAGAAAUCGGAUCAUAUCUGGUGGUCAUUCAAUACUAAAGUUAAAUGCUACUAAAAACUCAGUAAGGUUUCAGCCAUGAGUUAUAAAUUAUGAAUAAGCAGUUAUGAAUUUGUUAUGAGCUGCUUCAGUUCUUAUUGAAGUUCAGCAUAUGUAUGCUGGUAUCUCGAUAUCGGUGCUUACAAGUUAUGAUUAUUGCUUUUAAAGAACCGACAAGGUGAGAGUCCAUUUCUUUCAUGCCAGAACACCGCUUUCCUGCAGUUUCUCACAAGGGGGCAGUGAGAACCAUGCAAGUAGACGGGGCCUGUGACAGCAGGAUGCAAACCACCAAGGCAAAAGUACACACUGGGCGGAAGUGGAAGUUUACUCUGGCUACUUAGCCUUGACAAGAACAGGAGUGUCUGUUUGAUCUACAAAAACCACGCUACCACGACCAAGCAUGGAAGCACAAGGAAAGGAGAGAAGUAUCUCAGUGGCUAGUCAGGCACAUCCCAAAGUUGGCUAACUAUCCCCCUGUAUUUUCAAACCUCGGGGCAAGGUAGCAAGGAAAUUGCAACCUCACAUGUAGUAAUCUAACAACCAUAGCCAAAUCCUGGGGUGGUGACUUGUGCUGUGAUCCCUUGAUUUAAAUAAAUAAUUUGGUGUGUUAGCCCCGACAAUGUCACGGGAGCCAGCUGUUACAGUAUACACUCACAGUGCACUUGCUUGCAUUCAAAAAUGUUGUAUACCAGGCUUAUACCAAUUUGUAUACCAAAUUGUAUACCAGGCGUAACAGUAUUUAUGACUCAUGUCUAGCAAUCAGACAGCAAUUAUAUUCAGUAGGGCUACAAUUUGAGAAAUGUGUUGUUGGCCUUAGUAAUAGCUGUAAUCUGUUUUUAACCCCGUAAGGCCAGGAGUACUCAUUGUAAAGCCAGAAUGCCACAAUUAACAUCUUAGAUUGUUACCAGGACAUGUUAUUACACACACAGAUGUUGAUUUCCCUUGUUUUGCCUUAUGUUAGUUAUUGAGGUGAAAAACUGAAUACCAGUGAAAUACUUGAGCUUAUGGUGCAGACCUUUUGUAAAGUGGAAAGUUCAGUUCAA